UUUAAAAAAACUUGAAUUUGUCAGGGUUGUAGGUAGGAAUUUAUCUGAGUAUGUCCCAGGUGAAUGACAAUGAAUGUAGUAAAUAGAAAAAAAGAGAUAAAGACUUUAAAAGAGUAAAUGUGCAUGGGUCAAAAUUGCACACAAUACAUGUACAUGGGAAAAAAUUAUCAAUGAUCAGGCCUUUUAUUCCCGUUUUUUAUCUUGACAGUCCCUGGAGGAUUUUCAACAAUGAAUGAAUUAUUCAUACCCUACAACAAGGUCAAGAAGGCGUCUAUAGUGCGAGAUUACUCUGACAUCCAAUGGCUGAUUUGCCUGACAAGCUGGGCCUUGGCCCCUAGCAUCCACUUCAGUGGUAUUUAAAGUAUUGUACUGUGAGUAAGUUAAAGAUUUGAAAAUGUUAUCAGAAGAUCUACAAGAAUCAGAAACAGAGGAACCACCAGAUUUACACUCAAGUCUUCCAGAGUUAAAAUUAUGGAAAGUGACAAAACUUCAAGAGUGGUUAGAAAAACACAAAUUGAAAAAGUCAGGAUUAAAGGAAGUAUUGGUAAACCGGGUUUAUCGAGCAAUGUCUGGUUACAUGGAUUCAGAUCCAGAUAGCUCAGAUGAGAACUUAGGUGAGGAUUUAAUUCCUGUACAUGAGAUUUCAAAUUGGAAGACACUAGACUUUAGUGACAUUCCAAAUGGUUUGGCCUCAAAAGAUGUAGACGGUUAUUUUCUCUACCAAAAGAACCCUACAACAGGAGCAAGAUUGCACUUUGACCGACAAAUGAAAAAGGCAAAACGACUAUGCAAUGAAGGGUUUAUCAGAGAUAUACUAUAUAGUGAUUUAUCAGACUUUUGCUAUAUCAAGUCCAAGUGUUUACCCUCUAUGAAACAGUCUGUUAGUAUUGGGACAUCUGGCAUGACUGCCAAAUUUUAUAGUUUAAAUGUAUGCCUAGGUAGAAAAUUUGGAAAUAUCUUCAAUGCUAGAUGCAACUGUAAGGCAGGUGGGGCUGGUCUCUGUGCGCAUGUAGGUGCUUUACUGUAUACUUUAGUUAAAACCAAAGAUUCAUGCACAUCAAGUGAGUGUACUUGGGAUCGUCCUAGACCUCUGCAGCGAAAGCCAAGUCCUGCAAGAGUCUGCGAUAUAACUUUUACUAAGACAGAAAAAGAAACACAAACAAAAAAAGUCCGACCAUAUCCUGGAAUAUACCAAGCUGGACCUAUUAAGGAGAUUCAGAAUGAGACUUUUCUAGAUGACAUUUUAAAAGGGUUGGAGAAUGCAUAUCCACAGUGUGUUUUAUAUCAGACACUUAGGUUUGAAAAUGCAAAUAUUGAUCCUUUUUUGGAAUUGUUCUACCCGGACUAUAUGUUUUGUGACUUUGUAAGUCUUACACGUGAUACCUGUGUUAAAGACUUCACACACUUUUUUGACAACCUAAAAGUUACAGAUGCAAUUAGUCAAACCCUUGAAGAGGGAACAAGAGGUCAAAGUGUCAAUACUAAUUGGAUAAAGGCUCGAAAAAAAAAAAGAAAAAAGCUUGUGCCAGACAAUUUGUUGAAAAAAAUUUGUGGAUAUGUGACUGUUCCAGAUAGGGUCAAGAGCAUAAAGUAUGGACGCAAAUAUGAAUCGGUUGCUGUAAGUCAGUACAUUCAGAAACAUACAAAGGAAUGUGGAAAUACUACAGUCGAGUCUCGUGGACUAUUAGUCAACCCCAAAUAUCCCUUUUUAGGGGCUAGCAUUGAUUCACUGGUCACUUGCAACAAAUGUGGUGUUGGCUUAGUUGAAGUAAAAUGUCCGUAUGGCUCAGACAGUAAAGAGGAACCAUGGAGGAAUAAAACUCCAAUUGAGUGUGCCAAAGAUACCAACUUCUGUUGCAAUGAAGUAGAUGGACAGCUUGAAUUAAAAGACACAAGUAAUUAUAUGUAUCAGGUUCAGGGUCAGUUAGGAGUGUAUGAACUGAACUGGGUAGAUUUUGUAAUUUGGACUAAAAAAGGUAUCAGUGUAGAGAGAAUUAACUUUGAUGAAUCUACAUGGAAUUCUAUGUUGCAAAAGCUCAAAGAAUUUUAUAUUGGUUGUGUUAUACCAGAAAUAUUUACAAGGAGAGUAGAACGGGGGAAACCACUGUAUUAGAAUUUAUCUUGUUAACUACCAUUUUGACUAUCAGAAACCUACUUUAAUAUACAUGUAUAUCCAAAAUAGCUGAUAUAAAUAUAAACAGCAAUAAAUGUUCCCUGCUCAUUUAAUUUUCAUA